UGGGGCUGGCCCCGCCCCCAGGCACCGCCGCUCCCCGCGGGGCCGCGCGGGGCAGCCCCGGGCGGGGGAGCCGGGCUCGUAUAAAGCGGCGGGGCCGAGGGCGCUCCCGCUCCUCCUCCAGCUGCUCCUGCUGCUCGUGCUGCCCGCGGCGAUGCUGCGGCUCCUCCUGCUCCUGCCGCUCCUCGGCGCGGCCGGCGCCCUGCCCGCCCCGCUCCGCCGCCACCGCCGGAGCGCCUCACUGCCCGUCGGCCCCUACCUGACGCGCUACCUGAGCCAGCAGAUCGAUCACUUUGGAUUUGAUGAAAAUCGCACAUUCCAGCAGCGGUACCUGGUGGCAGAUCAGUACUGGAAGAAGGACAAUGGGCCAAUCCUGUUUUAUACAGGCAAUGAAGGGGACAUCGAGUGGUUCUGCAACAACACGGGUUUUAUGUGGGAUGUGGCUGAAGAACUUAAUGCCAUGUUGGUAUUUGCUGAACAUAGAUAUUAUGGAGAAUCCUUGCCCUUUGGGAAUGAGUCUUUCAGUGAUUCCAAGCACCUCAAUUACCUGACCUCAGAACAAGCUCUGGCAGACUUUGCAGUACUUGUUGAGUACCUGAAGACGAGCAUUGCAGGAGCCCGGCACAGUCCAGUCAUAGCUAUUGGAGGCUCUUACGGAGGAAUGCUUGCAGCCUGGUUUAGGAUGAAGUAUCCCCACGUGGUGGCUGGAGCUCUGGCAGCCUCUGCCCCAAUCUGGCAGUUUGGUGAUUUGGUUCCAUGUGGCACAUUUUUCAGCAUAGUGAGCAAUGAUUUCAAAAAGAGUGGCCCAGGCUGCUCAGAGAGCAUCCGGAAUUCCUGGAAUGCUAUUAACCGCCUCUCCUCAACAGAUACAGGUUUGCAGUGGCUUUCCAAGACAUUUCAUUUGUGCAGCCCCUUAAAAACUCUUCAGGAUGCUGCUGUAUUGAAAAAUUGGCUGAGUGAAACAUGGGUAAACUUGGCUAUGGUGGAUUAUCCCUAUAAAGCUGACUUCUUGCAGCCUCUGCCAGCUUGGCCUAUACAGGAAGUCUGCAAGUUCUUGAAGGAUCCCAGUCUCUCUGACAAUUUGCUGCUGCAGAAUGUUUUUCAGGCAGUAAAUUUAUAUUACAAUUAUACAGGAGAAGCCUCAUGCUUAGAUGUGUCGCAGACUGCAACGAAGAGUCUUGGUGAAAUGGGUUGGUACUACCAGGCUUGCACAGAGAUGGUGAUGCCCUUAUGCACAGAUGGUGUCCAUGACAUGUUUGAGCCUCAGAAGUGGGACUUCGAUGCACUUUCAGAAGAGUGCUACAGGAUGUGGGGAGUGAGGCCUCGCCUCUCUUGGAUUCUUUCUAUGUAUGGGGGAAAAAACAUCAGUUCACACAGCAACAUCAUCUUCAGCAAUGGUGGCCUGGAUCCAUGGUCUGCAGGUGGGGUGACCCAGAACAUCAGCAAUUCCGUCGUGGCCGUUGUGAUCCCAGAGGGAGCCCAUCACCUGGACCUACGCAGCCGGAACCCUUUGGACCCCAAGUCUGUCCAGCAAGCUCGGGCCAUGGAGAUCUGCCUCAUGAAGGAGUGGAUUGAAAAGGCCAGGCACAGCCACUGAGGUGGUACUGCAACAGCUGCGGCCAUUACAGCUGUCUUGGCCUUGCUGGGAGUAGGGCCAGGACUUGUGAUAUGGUCACUGGAGCAUUUCCCUCCUGCUUCCUCACCUGUGCCACAGUGGUCACCAUUGCUUGUGUCCAUGAGAGAGGCAGGCAGCAGAUGGACGGAGAGCAUUCUCACAUGAUAAACUCCAGUCAGAGUGCAUGGAUUGAGCUGCCUGCUCUGGUUUGCUUUCCUCUUCUGCUCUUCUCAAAUGCUGUACCUUACUACUCAGUAAUGGGUUCUUGUUCUAGGCUCGCUGCCCUUCUCCUCACUGCACUGGGUGAUUGUUCCAACUGCUGGUGAAUCCAACAGUGGAUUACACGGGAGUGCUGUUGAUGGUGGAACUCCUGCUGCCUCCAGUGUGAUUGAACAGAAAUCACAUCUUACUGUGAUGUUUGGUGGAGAGGUAGGGAAGGCCUGGGGAAACUGGCUGUGCUGUUUGUAAGGGAACUAAACAGCCCCUACCCUUUAGAAUGAGUGUUGGAAAAGAAAUAAAUAUACAACUUUUUUCCUACCUAGUUUUCCAGCAGCUUUUUAAUCAGUGGAUUUUUGUAUUCUGUGCUGUACUGAAUGGUCAGGGCUGGGCCCAGAUCACUCUGCUGAUAACUGGCUGAGCAUGCAGAAUCUGCAUCAGGAUUUUAUUUCUUCUUUUGCAAUGAGUCCUAAUUCUGAGAUAUCUGUCACUAUCUGUGAUGAUGGUUACCAAAGAAAACAGUAUAUUUUGUGUGUGUGUGUUUGUAUCCCUCAUAAACACUUAGCUUUUUAACAUCAGUAAGCCCUUUGAAACUAUUCUCUGGAAGAGCAAACGUGACACUUGUGCUGGCUACAUCUUAUGAAGUGACAAAUAAUUGGGGCUGUGCCUUGUGUGGGUUCUUCCCUCCCCUCCAUUCUGUGUAUUGUUCAAAUUCUGCAUGAUCUGUUUGCUGAUGGCUCUUCAAUAAAAGAGUUUUAAAAAAAAUUGUUUGCUGGACAAACUAUUGAAAACACAGAAUGCAGCUAUUCCCUUGGAUCAGUCUAAAGCCUGAUGCUGAGCUCACCAAGCCAGGUGCACUGGGCUUUCUGUAAGGCUUCCAAACCAGACAAACUGCCCUGAUUCAUGAGACAACAUAUUUGACAUUAAUAAAUGGCUGGGGCAGUCCCCUUGUUUUCCAGCUUUGGCUUCAUUCACACUGCAGCCCUUCUUCAGAAAGGAUUCUUUGCAGUUUAAAGGACAACUCCAUUUUGAAUGACUCAGGCAAGUCUUCGUGUCCCCAGACUCUUAAAAUUCCGUCUCUGUUGAAAGGUUUUCUCAGCUUUGAUGAUAUGCCUGAUAGUUGAGUAUUUUCUUAAGAUCCCAGGUGGCCUUUUCUGUUUCCAGUCUCCUCCUGUCCUCUGGGAACAAAGAGAACCCAACACUGAAUUUUUAUCUUUUCAAACACUCCUGUGUAUCUUCUUUCAAUAAAUUGUCUUUUUCCUCAUCUAAUGUUAAACAUGGCAUUUAUGUUCAGACUCUGCUGUCUGAACAUCUUGUACAUUUGAGCAAGGUAAUUUCUUAAAGACUCCAGAGAAAAGGCCAGAUAAGAACUACAGGGCUAAAGGAUGAGCUGUAUAGGAUCUGCCUGAAACCUGUUGGUGUUCCCGUUUUCCAAUAGUUCCAAUUUUUGCUGUAAAUACAUUCCAGACUCUUACUCAUAGACUUCAUAAUAACAUGUCCUUGAUUCUUUUGAAACAAAUAAAAGUUACUGUUCUUUUAA